AUGGGUUUGCGUUUCAUGUUUGAGUACAACUCCAAAUCCAUAAUUUUCUUGGAUGUGACCUUAAAAGGUAACGAGGAUAGUACUAUUGUCUCUGAUGUGUACCGCAAACCGAUAUCAGGAAACACCCUCCUACAUGCCAACAGCUGCCACCCGGAGCAUGUUAGAUAUGCAGUGGCCAAAGGCCAGUUUACGAAACUUAAACGUAACUGCAGCAAUUCCUCUGACUACACUGUGGCGGCUGAUGACCUAGAGAGGAGGCUACGAGAUAGAAAAUACUCGAGAAGGGAUAUUGCAAGGGCACGAAAGGAGAAGCAUUUUGCUCUUUUGGCAGCAGAUGAUGGGUUGCAGGAUGUGGUUAAGAAAGGAUUAAGAUGCUCCUAUCGCAAGAGUCCCACACUGGGGUCACGGCUAGCACCUACUCAACUUAAACAGAUUGGCAAUUCUACUAGCUCAUGGCUAAAGCAUCCUGGAUUUAUUUUAUUGAAAGGAAUAGAUAUAGGCCUCUUUAUGAAGAAAUGCAAGGCUGUUGAAGUAGGAACCCGUCUGGAUGUGGUGUCAUUGCCAGAUGUCCCCAACCAAGUACUCUACACUAUUGGAAGUUGUAUUCUUAUAAUUGGCUCUGUUGGCAUAAUAGGGAACCUGUUAGUUCUGUAUGCAUUUUACAGUAACAAGAAGCUCCGGACAGCACCAAACUACUUUAUAAUGAAUUUAGCAGUCAGCGAUUUCCUUAUGUCAGCUACCCAGGCUCCAAUUUGCUUCAUUAACAGCUUUCACAGAGAGUGGAUACUUGGAAGAAUAGGCUGUAAUGCCUACGCAUUUUGUGGCGCACUGUUUGGGAUAACGUCUAUGAUGACUCUAAUGGCUAUUUCUAUUGAUCGCUAUCUGGUUAUCACCAAACCUCUCCAAUCUAUGCAGUGGUCUUCCAAAAAACGUACAUCUCAGGUUAUUGUUCUUGUCUGGAUGUAUUCAUUGAUAUGGAGCUUAGCGCCUUUAUUUGGUUGGAGCUCUUAUGUACCAGAAGGUUUAAUGAUAUCCUGUACAUGGGACUAUACAUCACCAUCUAUUUCUAAUCGAAGUUACACCAUGAUGUUAUGUUGCUGUGUGUUCUUUAUUCCACUCCUUGUGAUAUUUAACUGUUAUUUACUCAUGUUCCUGGCAAUAAGAAGUACAGGAAGGAAUGUUGAAAAGCUUGGAUCAUGUGGACGGCAUUCCUUUUUACCACCAUCUAUAAAAAAUGAAUGGAAAAUGGCAAAGAUCGCUUUUGUUAUCAUUAUUGUCUUUGUGCUGUCUUGGUCUCCCUAUGCUUGUGUCACUUUAAUUGCAUGGGCUGGACACGGGAAAACCUUAACUCCAUAUUCCAAGACAGUGCCUGCAGUUAUUGCUAAAGCAUCUGCAAUUUAUAAUCCUAUUAUUUAUGGAAUUAUUCAUCCAAAAUACAGAGAAACCAUCCACAGAACAGUGCCUUGUCUACGCUUUCUCAUUAAGGUAUCAAAAAAGGAUUGUAUGUCUAAUUUUGAGUAUUCAGUUAGAGGCUCGGUCUACGGUCGCCCGGCAGUAGCCUUGAAGAAAAAAAACAGCUGUGUCUCAACAAUAUCUGCUGCCGAAACUCCAGCCAGGUUUGGGGUUUCUUCCACGGAUCCGUUUUCAUCAACAUGGAUCGAAGAUUCUGGUUGCUCCUAUGCACCACUCUUGGUGGUGAUGAUCCGUGGAAGAAACCCCAAACCUGGCUGGCUAAUGCCAAGCCAGGAUGUUUCAAGUGUGGUGAUGAGUGAUGUGGAGCAGGAUCUAGUAUACAGGAGUAUACAUAUUCAGCGAAGCAGCUCUUUCUCACUGAGUCACAAGCCAGAACAAAAGGAAGACAAAAUAAUAAAGUCCUGGAGUUGUAACACUUUACCUGAACAAAAGUUUUUACCAACAUUAUGUCAAUUUGAAAAUCCACUUAGAAGAUCUGAAAAACAAAGCCCUCAAGAAUUUCUCCUUUCCAGUACACUGAAUACAGUUUCCUACCCAAUUGGUUUUGAAAAUAUUUCUAAAGAUGAUGUGACAAAUUUCACAAAGCUAACAUCCCAUGGAGGAGAUGUUACCGCAGGGUUGGACUGGAUUAUUCAUGCUACAAUCCCACACAUAGUCAUUAUUCCAAGCUCGGAGAGCAACAUCUCUGAAGGACAAGAGGCGCAUGAAAAUGGUGUUGAUGAAAUUGAAAAAGAAGAGGAUGAUGAGGAUUUUUUUAAAUUUCAUGUUGACACUACUUUAUUGGACCUUGAUGGAUUAACUUCAUCUAGUGAUCUUCUUGAAGUUGUUGAGAGGUUUUUAUCCAAAUAA